AUGCCGACUUCCACUUCGCAAAUCCAAUUGUCCGAUGAGCACGUUGGGAUUCUUGGUGACGCCCACGUCGACAGCGCGUCCAUCGAAGAGGCGAACCGACUGCUGCAAAAGAACCAUGAAGAAUGGCACAUGUUCUUCCGGGACCGCAGUGGACACAAUCACAUCGCGCACUCGAUCUUGACCUGCUUGGCCCUCGGUGCUGCGCCAGAAGACAUCCAGCGAGCGUAUGAUGACGGCGUGGGCAUCCAACGCCCGAUUCCCGACGUUGACGCCCAGAUGGUCGAGAGGCUGGCCGACGAUGAGACCAUGUACGAAACGCUGGGCACCAUCACCCAGUACACCACGUUCCUCGUCUUCUUCCAAAAGUACAUGGAGGAGCAUGGCUGGAAGGAGACGGUCAACAAGUACGUCUUCUCGCGCAGCAAAGUGGCUGAGAAGAUGCUGGCUCGAAUGUACGAGGGCGCCUACCAUCCCGUCAUCCAUCUCGGUCUCGGCAUCGAAUUCCAACAGCCCAGCAUCAUCGCCGAAGCCCUCGCGCAAGCGGCCGCGCACGACGACAGCCACAUCGGGACUCUGUUCGAGGCCUGCGAGGCACAAGCCGGCAUCGCGUACCCACCCAAGAACCCCAAGUCUCUGAUCCAGCUCUUGCACGAAGUGCGGAACAACGAGACAAUCCGCAAUGCACCCCGCUGGGAAGACUUUGGCAACAAGAUGCGGGACGGCGUUGUGGGAAGGGCAUGCAUGGAAAUGGCGUUUAUCGCUUCUCAAUUCUGCAUCAAGCCCGAGGACCUAGAGCGCCGCACCGCCGAGAUGAUCAGUACCUGUGCAUACAUGGCCGGAGCCAGCCAGCGGCCGGGCCGGAAACGGAAGAUUGACUUUUUCUACAUGCACACCGUCACCAGUUCCAUCUUCUUCAGCGUUAUCAUCAAACAGGACUGGAUCAAGUUGGAAGACCGUGUGCGCAUGGUGGAGUGGAAGGGUCGCUUGGACCUGGCGUGGUAUGUUUGCAGCGGUUGCGCCGAGCUGUACCCGGAGGCCAUCACCGGGUACCACGACGAUUUCAGCGCGGCCAUGGGCUGGAAAGAACUGUAUGCCGCCGUCAACAAAGAGCACGACGACGGCCACGUCGCCAAGUUGAUCCGGGCGUUGAAGAACGGACAGGAAGCCGCCAAGCCGUUCGAAGCGGGCGAGUUCAGCGAGUCGUUCCCCGUCAAGGGCGACAUGUGGCUGAAGAUUGCUCGCAUGACGCUCGAUACCACCAAGGAUUUGCCGAGCGAUCUCAAAUUCAUUCAUUUUACUGGCUUUGAUAUGGGUUGGAAGGUCCGUCCCGAUCUUGCAUAG